AUGAAUAAUAUGUUGGUUGAAGUGUUAAACUACAAUUCAAUUAUGUCUGCUCAGAUUCCCCAAACUCAGAAGGCCAUAGUGGUUGACUACGCCAACGCACCCUUGCAAUACAAAGACAUUCCUGUUCCUCAAAUUAAAUCCAAUGAGAUUUUAGUUAACAUCAAAUAUUCAGGUGUUUGUCAUAGUGACUAUCACGCAUGGAGAAACGAUUGGCACGAAAAAUUUUUAAAGCAUCCUCUUGUUCUUGGUCAUGAAGGUGCUGGUAUUGUUGUAGGCAUCGGAAAAAACGUACGUGGAUGGGAAAUUGGUGAUUAUGCUGGAGUAAAAUUACUCAAUUCUACUUGUUUAACUUGUAAUUAUUGUCAACAAGGACGUGAAACUGCCUGCAAAUUCCAAACUUUGAAUGGAGUUAACGCAGAUGGUACAUUUCAACAGUACUGUGCUACUGAUGCCAUUCAAGCAGCUAGAUUACCCAAGACGAUUGAUUUGAAAUCGGUGUGA